AUGUUCGCCAUUCAACCCCAGCAUAAAAGCUCCGAAUCAAAGGACAAGGAGUCCACCGACAAGUGCAUACCUAACAUCCUUCCCUGUCGUAUCCACCACGAUGGUGCUGUUGAAUCGCUGAACCGAUACUGGACGCCGAAAGCAGAUCCGGAAGACAACAAUCUUCAGACCGCAUACUUCCGGGGCCGGAAAUUACGAGGGAGGCGCGUGCAUUUACCCGAGGGAUAUGAGGGGGUUGUGGUAACGCACACAGACCGCGAGAUGCCAACGACUAUAGGCAGUGAGACCGUAAGCGCGGAAGGCGAACGCGAUGAGCCGAUCAAGGUGCUGGAGAAACAGGCUACCUUUGGCGAUUAUAUGGUCUGGGGACACGAAAUGAUCCCCGCCGCGGAUGAUUCAUUCGUCAAGGGGGUGGAAGAGUGGGUGAAGUUUGCUGGGGUGAUGCAUACUGUUGAUGGGGACGAAAAGAAGUCCGCUUGA